GAGUCGACUCUAUAAUGUGAUGAGUCGAAUACCAAAUUCCAGUAAGCAGGAAUUAUAUUUGCUACAGAUCAUAGUCGACUCUCCAUUAUAGAGUCGACUCUUUUGGCUUUACAGGCGACUCUAUGAUUUGAAGAGUCGACUACAAAAUUCCACAACAAGAACCAUGUUGCUGAAAGUGCAUCUCAUUCUGCCACCCACCCGGUCGCUAGGAUUGGUUGCUACGUGGGGGCCGGAGGUUGGGAGCACUUUCAGCAACAAGAGGCAUGUUGCUGAAAGUGCAAGAGGUGAUCAAAAGAGGGACACUUUCAGCAACUUGUCCCUUGUUGUUGAAAGUGCAAGGGGUGGCCGAAGGUUGGGAGCACUUUCAGCAACAAGAGGCUUGUUGCUGAAAGUGCAAGGGGUGGCUGGAGUUGGGAGCACUUUCAGCAACAAGAGGCUUGUUGCUGAAAGUGCAAGAGGUGAUCAAAAGAGGGACACUUUUAGCAACCUGUCCCUUGUUGCUAAAAGUGCAAGGGGUGGUCGGAGGUUGGGAGCACUUUUAGCAACAAGAGGCUUGUUGCUGAAAGUGCAAGAGGGGUGGCCGGAGUUGGGAGCACUUUCAGCAACAAGAGGCUUGUUGCUGAAAGUGCAAGAGGUGAUCAAAAGAGAGACACUUUCAGCAACAAGGAACUCGUUGCUGAAAAGUGGAGCUCAUUUAAAUGGCAAAGAAUUCACCGGAAAAUAUCAGCAAGAUGGAGUAUGUUGCUGAAAGUUACUUUCAGCAACAAGAAGUGUAUUAGUGAAAGUGGGGUAGCUUUUUGCAUGGAUUGGUGCACUGUAGCACUUUCAGCAACAUGGGGUUUGUUGCUGAUACCUAUUUUCAGCAACAAACAAUCUCAUGUUGC